AUGCGCCUCGUCACGCCCCCCGGGCUCAAAUACCCCAUCACCGUGACCAAGGUACUGGUCAAGAAGGGGCAGGAAGUCCAACAGAAUGAGCCCCUCUUCGUGUAUCAAUACCGCGCCAUCGUUCACGACGUCUGGGACAAGGACAAACGGGAACCCGUGGACAAACUCACCGACUUCUUCGCCGAGUUCGAGAGCGAGCUGGAAGGCACGGUCAGCAGCCUCGAUGUUCGCGUUGAUCAGGUGAUCAAGGCAUCGACGGCAGUGGUGAACAUUGAGGAGCCUUGCAAGCAUGAGACGCAGUUUGGAGGGAUGUGUGCGGAUUGCGGCAAGGAUAUGAGUGAGAGCACGUACAGCACUACGAAGCUGAAUACCGAGCGGGCGAAAAUCAACACUGUGCAUGGGCAUACGAAGUUGUUGGUGUCGCAGGAUGAAGCGAAUAGAGAGGACGAUGAGGCCAAGAGGAGGUUGAUCAAGUCUAGGAAGUUGAGUUUGGUGGUGGACCUGGACCAGACCAUCAUUCACGCGACGGUCGACCCUACAGUGGCUGAAUGGCAGGAGGACGAGAAGAAUCCGAACCACGAGGCCGUGAAGCAUGUAAGGAAGUUCCAGCUUGUGGACGAUGGGCCCGGCGGAAGAGGCACGUGGUACUAUAUCAAGCUACGGCCUGGUUUGGACGAGUUCCUGAAGCUGGUCUCACAGUACUAUGAGCUUCAUAUCUACACCAUGGCCACACGGGCUUACGCCGAGGAGAUUGCAAAGCUGGUAGAUCCAGAUCGGAAGCUGUUCGCGAAUCGGAUACUGUCAAGAGAUGAGAACGGCAGUAUGAGCACGAAGACGCUGAAGAGGCUAUUCCCCGUGGACACCAAGAUGGUCGUGAUCAUUGAUGACCGAGGAGAUGUUUGGCAUUGGAGCCCAAAUUUGGUGAAAGUCAGUGCAUACGAUUUCUUUGUCGGCAUCGGCGACAUCAACAGCAGUUUCCUGCCAAAGCGACCAGAGCUAGCAGCCCGACCGCCGAAGCCUGCAAAGGUGGAGCCAGCAAAGGGUGAAGACACAUCCGAAAUUGGCUCUAGCACGGCAGAGAGCGAGGUCACAGAUGAUGCAGCGGCCAGCAAAGCUUCUACACCAGCGUCUACGCCACCAUCGACCAAUGGCGAAGUGUCAGCUGUGGAUAGGAUUAUGUCAAUGGCGGGAGAGCAGAACGAAGGCACCUUAAAAGAGAAGACCGAAGAGCAAGACGAAACAAUAGCAGCACAAUUGCAGGAUCGACCAUUAUUGCAGAAGCAAAAGAUGCUGGAGGCGGCAGAGCAGGAAGCCAAAGCAUCCCCAGCUGUGGAGGCUGCUGCGAGCUUACUAGCUGGAAAAGGCGACACGGAUGAAAAUGGGAGCGAUGGUACAUUUUCACCCCCCAAAUAUCGACACAAUUUGCUCCAAGACGAUGACAACGCAUUGGAACACCUUGGAGCAAGCCUUCGUGAGAUCCACAACGAGUACUUCACGGCCUUUGACAAAGAUAAAAAGGACGCGGCGCCGCUCGAUCGCGUAUCGCAACUCCGACCGGGCCACAAGAACAAACUUUCUCCCGAACAGAAUCUCGACAACAUUCCCGACGCUGCAGCAAUAAUGUCUACAUUGAAGACUCGUGUCCUUUCUGGCGUUCACCUCGUCUUCUCCGGUAUCGUCCCACUGGGCGUCAACAUUCAAAAUCACGACAUCUCCAUCUGGGCGAAGUCCUUCGGCGCUACCAUAAGCGAGAAUAUCAGUCGGCGGACCACCCACCUGAUCGCCUCGCCCGAGAGACGAACGGCGAAGGUCAGGCAAGCUGUCAAGAAAGGAGGACGAGUCAAGGUCUUGAAUCAGAAUUGGCUUUUUGCAUGCUUUAGUCAAUGGAAGAGGGUCGCAGAAGAGGAAUACUUGAUUCAUAUGGAAACUACCGCAGGAGUGAAUGGCAAAGACGGCGCAGCAGGUUUGCCCGAUGGGUUCGAUGACGGUAGCAGAGACCAGAUAUUGUCUUCCUCGGAUGAAGAGGCCGCGCAAACGGAAGACGAGCUCACGGACGGUGGACGCACUCCUCUGGUCAACGGUGCUAGCAAGCAGAAGCUUUCGCUCGAGACUGACGGCCUCACCGAUGACGAUACCGACGGCGACAAAGAAGAAUGGGCCCGGCAUAGUCCUACUGUGAAACGAGAAGAUAGUCUUACCGUCCCCGAGAGUGCAGAGGAAUGGGAUGAUAUUCGCGAUGAACUCGACGAUUUCCUCGGCUCCGAUGCAGAUGACGACGAGAGCGACGCCGAAAGCGUGAAGAGCGGAAGCACGAUCCCUGCGGACGGCUUGGUGACACCGCCUAGUCUCAAGCGGAAACGUGAUGCCCUUGUCGAAGCCGAAGGCGGAGCAGCGGAUAGCGGAGGUGAUGCCGUCGAGGAAGGAGAGAGCAGGCUGCAGAAGAGGAAGAAGGAGGCCUUGACGAGGACGACGAGUCUGACUAGUGUUGUCGAACGGCCUGGAUCCGCGAACGGGGUCGGUAAAACGGCUGCUGUGGUCGAGAAAGGUGGUGGUGUUGAGGUGUAUGAUGAUGAUGGGGACGAGGAUAUUGAGGGUGAUUUGGAGGCGGCGUUGGCUGCUGAGUUGGGCGAGGAUGGGUUUUGA